UGUCGCAACAUAUCGUAAUGGUGAAGGUGCUUUAAUAGUGUGUUUGGUGUAUUUAUCUACUUUAUUUUCGAAAACUUGAAUUAAACAGGUGUUGUCAUAAACAAAACAAUACUACAAUGUGUCUUAAAUAUUAUUAAAACUUAUAAUGAAUCGGUGUAUCGGUUAGUUUUUGAAUAUUUAGUGCCAUUUCAUAUAAGAUAUCUAUCAUUAAGUUGGGUUAUUGUUUUUCUUGUGUAAACUGUCAUGUUCUGAUUGUUACGUUCAAAGAGUAGUGAAAAACUAUGAUUAACAGUUUAAAAAUAAAAGAAAUGGAUGUGGACGGCGACAGUGAAACUAGUGAAAAAACUUACAAAAGUUGUUUUGCUCGAUCUGUCGUGGUGAAUUCGAAAUUUCAGGACAGUAGGGCAUCUCGGUCGGAAAUCUCUAGGAAACAAUGCGUCCUUCAGGAACAACCGGUGUCUCUUGAAUUUUCUAAGAAGCUCGAAGUUUUUGAGGAAAAUAGGAACUUUAACAAAAAGUCUAAGAGUUUCAAGGACGAACGUUUCACGGAUAACUCUCGCUUAUCCUUAUACAGUGUGGAUUCCGUAUCGUUUCAGGAGCAUCAGAGUUCAUCAGACGAAUAUCAGGCCAGACCUGUCCGCACCACCAUUCGAAAGGAUUCUGUAGACAGUUCGAGUAGUGCUCCUGAUUUUUCCGUUGAAAACUUGCUGCUUAAAUCUCAGCUUGAAACGCUACAAUGGCAACUAAAACAGACAGAGGAAAGCAGACAGAUGUACCAAGCAGUUAUGAAACAAGUGGUGGCUUUUUUAGAAAGGGCGCAUCGAAGUUUGGAACAUUUAGGGACAAGGCUUAUCAACAAUGGCAAACAGAAUGUGGUCAGAUCUCUAAGUCAACAUGAAGUCAGUGCAAGUUCAGAAGAACAGCAUCAACCGCAAGAUGCUUUAGAGAAAAGCAACAAAGAUCAUACAGCUUACAGGGAUUUUACAUGGAGAAGACGAAAAAAGGAACAAGCUUCUCCUGAAGAAAUCCCUCCAGAAAAAUUAUCCCAGGAAGCAUUUCGUCUCCUGCGUACUGCCGAAUCCUUGCUCAACACUCGCGAACCCGAUCUCGUUCACUUAGCUACCAUAACCACUAAUCGAUCUCCAUCUCCAGCAACAAGCGCUCAUCACUAUGAUAGCAGUUUCAGUAGUCCAGAAAAGCACUUCCAAAGGCCCCCUUUUGCCGCCUCCAGUCCCCAAUUAGCCUGCUCGGAAGGCUCUCUGAGCAGAAAAGCCGUACUGCGAAGACAACAUGCUCUGAAAUGUAAUUCCUUCCAUGCAGAAACGCUGUCCAACAAAUCGUCUGAUUCCCACGAUUUUGAUCCCAAAGACUUCGUAUUUGCAAAUGAAAUCAGAACAAAUUCAAGUAGAAGAGCCAGUAUUUCUUCUCAACGGUCUUCCGCGAUAAAUGUAAAGAAGAGAACGGAGCCAGAGACUUCUGUCACUCCUCCAAUGAGUAGUGUGAGCUCAGCAGAAGACGAGAGUGGAUUCUCUUCGAUGAAUUCGUUCCAGGAGCUUGGAAUUCCUGUUGUUUCAUACGAGGAAGUUGGAAAUAAGUCUAAAGAAGCACUUUUAAGAAGUAUGCUGCACGAUAACAACACCAGGCAGAAUUCUAACCAGAAGAAACCGUCCCAGGAGGAUAGAAAGUUAUGGCAAACACCUGAUAACAGUUGUAUGCACAAAAGGUGGAAUUCGUCGCCAGUUGAAGGAAAAGUGGAAAUGAAUAAGCCAUUAAAAGUUCUAUGGGUUUAAAGAAAAUAUCGCCAUUUACUGAUUUGCUAAAUAAAUAGAUAGUCUCUUAGAAUUACGGCGGUAGGAAGUGCCUUUUAGGAUUAAUAUAGCAUUCGGCACACACGUCAUUUUUGUUAAUUAAUUUUCGAUAUUUCAAAGUAAUACUUUUCAGCAAAGUAUUCUUUCAGUAUUAUCAAUAAAGUGAUGAUUUAUUUAGAUAUUUUGCUAAUAAAAUGUCAAAUAUUAAAUCAUAAAUUAUUCGUUUAAGAAUUUACAUAUUAGCAAAGUUUGCUAUUAGAUAUUAUUUAUUCGUUUAUUUCUUAAUUCAUUAAUUGAAAUCUUCUAUUUAUUUAUUAAUGUAUCUGUAGAAACUUUUAACUACAGUAAGAAAAGUAAUUUUGUUUUGUGGUUUAAUUUUCACGGAAUGAAAGAGGAGAAUGAAAUACAAUUUCUUCUUUAAUUGUUAAUAUUAUUUAUUAAUCAAUGUUGGUGUGCUCACAAUUGUUUAAUGCAUUCAAUACAUACUGCCCAAUAUUUUUUUCUUAAUUUCAAUAAUAAACAAUACAAGUGAUAAAGUAUUACUCCAUAAAACAUGUAAUUGUACUGUUACUGCAUAAAAACUGUAAAAAAUUAUAAACAUUGAGUGGAAUGCAUAAAGUUGAAAGCUUGGUUUGGUCUCAAAUUUUUGUUGCGUACAUUCUGAGUGCUUACUUUCAAAAAUAAGAGUGUCCUUAUAAGUAGUUACAGUCUUAAUAGAAGGAUAAGUGUUUAUGUGCAGGUGCUUGCUACUAAAGAGACUUAGUCUGUAUUCAAAGAUCAGUUAAAUCCUCAAAAACAGAGAAUAGAUGCACAUGUUUGUGAUUUUACUCAUUAUUAUGUAAACUAGCUAUUUAAGAAAUGUGAGACUGCAUUAUUCACUCAACCUUACUCUUGUCACCCAUUAUGUUAAAUAAUAUACGGACAUAAUGUACAUUUUGUUAUAUUAAUCAUACAGAUUUUGACCUUUAAAUUGCUUACUAUGUUUGUAACAGUACUCCCCUAAUAAAUUUUUAAUAUCCUAAAUUAUCUCGUCCAAUUUAUAGCAUUUAAUUAAAUAUGGUGUCUUCAGUUGUAAAUAUUAGUAGUUCGAAACUUUUUUACCAAUAAGUUCUUACAAUUUGUAAUUAAUUAAUAAACUUUCAUGGUAUGAAUGUCUAUUUGUAAAUAAA